AUGUCAUCCACACUGCCCCUGCAUAUGUAUAUCCGCCCAUUGAUCCUCGAGGAUGCACACGACGUGUCCGAGCUUGAGAGUCGAGGGUUCCCCCCAGAAGAACGCGCUUCUUCGGAGACGAUCGCCUUCCGGUUGACUGUCUGUCCUGAACUAUGCUCUGGGUUGUUUAUCCGUGAGGUCGAGGGCCAAGAAGUUAAGGGUGAAACUCUCAUCGGUCACAUUUUGGGCACAAAAAUCCCAGGUGCCAACGACUCUAAUCGCCAGGCUUUCAUCACGCUCGAAAGUAUGGGCAAGGUCCACGACGAGGCCUCCUCCACCGUCGCCAUUCACUCCGUGGUCAUUUCUCCUGAGCACCAAAAGAAGAACCUAGCCACACUCUUACUUACGGACUACAUCCAGAAGCUAAGCAACCAAGAAGUCGGCCAAAGAAUCGUAAUUAUCGCGCACGAGCCCUUAGUUCCAUUUUACGAACGCAUUGGCUUCCAAGCCGUAGGUGAAAACGAAUCCGUCAAGAAAGACCCCGCAUUUGGCAAGGCCAAAUGGUGUGACAUGGUCAGGGAGUUGGUCAAGGAAGAGUACGAGAGCUAG